UUCUUCUUGAAUCGAUUCUACUCCUCCACCAGAAGUUCUUAAUUUCUUAUUCAGAAUUCCUUCCUCGAUUUCGUUCUUCCUCAACCUCAAUCAAUUCCAUUAUUAUAUACAUAUAAGAACAAGAUCUGGGUAUUCGAUUCCUGCAUUUCUUCGUUUUCUAAUCCCACCGCAUUGCUUCUGAAGUUCUUAAACCCUUUUUUUUUUUUUUCUCUUUUUUCGUCGUUAUCUAGGUCUAGGGCUUCGGGAUUCGUAUCCACAUUUACUUCGCUUUCCUUUUUUAACGGAUUAUUAGUUGCUCAGGAUUGAUUUGCUUCCGUAGAUCUGGUUGGUAGCGUUACUCUCACUACCGUCUAGUUUCUUCACAUUUAUUUUUUAUUUUUUAUAUUUGUCUAGUUUCUUCACAAGUCGACAUCGUUUCCCACCUUCUUCUCACUUUUCUACUGUUAACCCUUCUUCUCGAAUCCAAUUGCAACCUUAAAACCUUCCAAUCUUUGGUUGAUCUUGGAAAACGAAGAAGAAAUCAGUUUCCUGUGGCAUUGUUGUUGUUGUUGGGUCAUGGGGAGAAUGCUCAGACUUGUCUCGUUUCUUCUCGUGUUGCAAAUGCUGUUCUUAGCAGAUCUACAUUUCGCCGUCGCUGCAGAUCCGCCGCAGUUGGCACCGGCACCGGCACCGGCUCCCGAAAUUGCAGGAACCCAUUCUUCCUCUCCCAUUGGGUUACCCCCUUCUCCUGAAACCGGUGCUCCAUCGCCUGGACCGUCGUCGGAGUAUAACUCUCCUCCUGCACCUACUCCGUCAGAUCUAGGGUCUACCCCAUCUCCAACACCGUCCCCUGAAAUAUCGUCGCCGGCCCCAACACCCGAUGCCAGCGACAUUAAUCACAACGCCAAAGGUGCCGCCCAGGAUGAGACGGUAAAUUCCGACCCCGCUACUUCGGGCGGCGGACUAACAGGUGGACAGAAGGCAGGAGUUGCCGUUGGAAUCAUCGCCGCUGCUUGCAUCGUUGGACUGGCUGGUAUCGUUUACAAGAAGCGUCAAGAUAACAUCCGAAGGACCCAGUACGGCUACGCCGUUAGGAGAGAGCUUCUCUGAGGUCCCAGUGUCUUACUCGGUUUCUUAAAGCGUUAAAAACGAGAGCAUAUAUUACCUCAUACUAGUUAGUAGUUCCAGUUCCCUCUUUAUAUGAUUCUUUAGUUUUUUUUUUUUUCUCGUUUUAAUUUUCUUGAAUGUUGUUGAGAUUGAUUCGUUAUAUUCUUUGAGAUUCAGGAAGAAACAUUCAGUGAUUUAUAUGGAUGAUUUGAUAACUGGUAGUCGUAAAAUCAAUUUUUAAUGUAAUUUUGUGGCACUUCAAGUUGGUUAUUGUAGAUAUUUUUAUUGGAUUCAAUUAUUUCAUAU